CUGCUGAACCCGCAGAGCGGCGCCGGCCGUGCGCUCGAGGACUUCCAGGCGGUGGUGCAGCCCAUGCUGGCCGAGGCCGACAUCGCCACCACCGUCUUCAUCACCGAGAGACCCCACCAUGCACAUGAGAAGGUACGGGAUGAAGACCUGUCGCAGUGGGACACGUUGGUGGUCAUGGCCGGGGACGGGCUCCUGUAUGAGGUGGUGAAUGGGCUCAUGGAGCGGCCGGACUGGGAGGACAUCAUGAAGAAGCCGCUGUGCAUCCUGCCGGGGGGCUCCGGGAACGCCCUGGCAGCCUCCAUCAACCACUACGCAGGCAACGAUCACGUCGCCAAGAAGAAGCUGCUGACGAACUGCGCCUUCAUCCUGUGCAAGGGGCUGCACACGCAGAUGGACCUGGUGUCGCUGAGCACGGCCUCGGGCAAGCGCCUCUUCUCCUUCCUCGGCUUUGGCUGGGGCUUCAUCUCGGACGUGGACAUCGACAGCGAGAAGUACCGCCGGCUGGGCAACGCCCGCUUCACCCUGGGCACCCUCCAGUGCCUGGCCAAGCUGCGGGUGUACCAGGGCCGCCUCUCCUACCUGCCUGCCGUCCCCGAGCAGGGCACUGCCCCAGCACCCAGGGACUCCCACGCGCCCGUCACCAACGGCCAGGCUGGACGCAUCCUGCCACCGGCGGGGACGGAGGCGGCUGGGGCUCUGCCUGCCGACUCACUGCUGGUGCCGCUGUGCCAGCCGGUGCCGACGCACUGGACGGUGGUCCCCGAGGAGGAGUUCGUCACCGUCUACGCCAUCUACCAGUCCCACCUGGGCACCAACCUGCUGAUGGCACCGGCAGCCCGGCUGCAUGACGGUUGCAUCCAUCUCUUCUACCUGAAGGCCGGCAUCAGCCGCGUGGCGCUGCUGAAGCUCUUCCUGGCCAUGGGCAGGGGGACCCACCUGGACUUGAACUGUCCCCACCUGCGCUACGUCCCCGUCCGAGCUUUCCGCCUGGAGCCGCGGGCGGCCGCGGGCAUCAUGACAGUAGACGGUGAGGUGCUGGCCUGCGAGCCCGUGCAGGGCCAGAUCCACGGCCGCCUCUGCCGCGUCCUCAGCAGCUCCUGAGCAGCUGGGUUUAGCCCCCCGUAGCGCUGAGCCGCCGGCACGGCCCGGCACAAGGGCGGCAGAAUCUUCCUCCCACUCAGGAACCUCCUCCUCCUCCCACAGCAAUAGCUCUUGGGGGCCACGGGUGCUCGUCCCCUCGCUUGCCCCCAUGCUUAGCUUUAUCCCCUUGGGACAGCCACCAGCGCUGUCCCAAAAAUGAGCCAGGAGCCCCAUCAGGUACUCUGUGCUGGCGAGACGCCAGCGUGUUUUAUCCCGGUACGAGGUCCUGGCCCUGGGUGGCUGCGCCGGCACAGCCCCAUCCCCUCCCCGGCUUGGACACACAGGGUGGCACUGCUCGUGUCCCCGCCGUGGAGCCAGUGCCACUCCCCAGGGAUGGUCAGGACCAAUAUAUCUAACAGAAGAAAUGGACUUUUUUAAGAACGUUUCUACCCAAAGCUUCCUGUAGAAGCAGAGUUUAUUCUUGUGAGAAAUGCAAUAAAUAUCUAGCGUUUG